AUGGCAUUGGUCACAGGGAGGCAGCCGAUCCGUGCGCAUAGGUCCCUGAAUUCAGAUGAAGCUACUUAUGUUAAAUUUGUUAAUCGGAGCUCGCGGAUUGCAAGGCCUUGGUGGAUUAAUUUCGACGGAAUUCCUCAGAAUUAUGAUGACAUUCUUUCGGGAGGCACCCUGAAUAUGCACACAUAUCGGACUCAUCCUUGGAUUUUUCGGGAUGCAGACACUGGAGACAAAUUGCUUAUAAAUAAGGAUGAGAUAUAUUUUCCAACAGCUGCACAGUAUGAUGAAGAUGGACCUGUUUACAUGCUUGUUUGCAUCAUAAUUCCAUUAUAUUCACUGAAGGACUGCUGUUUGCAAUCUAUUCGUAAACAAGUAAAGUCGGAAGAUUACGCAAAGUUGGAACUACCAAAGUCAUUGCAUGCUGAUCUCAAGAAUUCUCCAAAUCUGUUAAGGGAGGUCGAAAACCUCAGCAUGAAGUACAGAAACAGUUAA